CCGGACACACAGGGCCACGGCGCUCAGCAGGGCCACGGCGCUCACAUCCGCCCCCAGCGAGCCAGCCCGCCGGACUUGGGUCUGCCUUGGCGCUCAGCGGUCUCCUGGGAUUCUGGCUCUCGGAAAACCUCACGGACGGCGGAGACUUAAAGUUUGGCCAGGAUGGGCAUUCGCUCCGCAGACGCAUCUGGACACGGGGAGAAGCGGACGAUGGACCUGCUGUCGGCGCCUUAACUGAUGGGAGCGGUGGAUUCCGCUGCACCUCCAGAGGAGAAGUUUUGCCUCAGCGGACUUUCCUCAUCAUCAGCAUCAUCGUCGUCAUCAUCAGCGCCGCUGACAUCUUCAUCAUAACGAGCUGCUGCAUCUCUCAGCUUCGAACUGGUGCGAGGAUGAACAUCCAAGUCCUGUCAGACCACAAACUCUCAUCUGUCGCCCCUUUGAAACCGUACAGUAAUGUGGAAAAGAAGCAAGUGGAGUUGAUCCUGGUGAAGGACCAGAAUGGGGUCCAGUACACCAGCACUUCCAUCAUCGGGGCCCCCGGCGCCCACGUCUGUCCGUCGGGCUCCCUGCGCGAGGAAGAGCGUGAGACCUGGGGCAAGAAAAUGGACUUUCUGCUGUCUGUCAUUGGCUUUGCAGUGGACUUGGCGAACGUGUGGAGGUUCCCUUAUUUAUGCUACAAAAACGGAGGAGGAGCCUUCCUGAUCCCCUACACUCUCUUUCUGCUUAUUGCUGGGAUGCCCCUGUUUUACAUGGAACUGGCUUUGGGACAGUACAACAGGGAGGGGGCUGCCACGGUCUGGAAGAUCUGCCCUGUCUUCAAAGGCGUGGGCUACACUGUGAUAGUCAUCGCUCUCUAUGUGGGCUUCUACUACAAUGUCAUCAUAGCCUGGUCCCUGUACUACCUGUUCUCCUCGUUCACCAGCGAGCUACCAUGGCUCGGCUGUGGCAACAGCUGGAACAGCCCCAACUGCACCAUCACCCAGCAGACCAACAGCUCCUGCCUGGGCAAUGUCACCAUGUAUUCCAAGUGCAAGAACACCCCUGCCGCUGAGUUCUAUGAGCGCGGCGUCCUGCAUCUUCACGAGAGCGACGGCAUCCAUGACCUGGGACUGCCCCGCUGGCAGCUGGUGCUCUGCCUCGUGGUGGUGGUCUUCAUCCUCUACUUUAGCCUGUGGAAGGGGGUCAAGUCCUCAGGCAAGGUGGUGUACAUCACAGCCACGAUGCCGUAUGUGGUGCUGUUCGUGCUCCUGAUCCGCGGUAUCACCCUGCCAGGCGCUAUGGACGGUAUCCGAGCAUACCUCCACAUCGACUUCAAGCAGCUCAACAACGCUACGGUCUGGAUAGAUGCAGCAACCCAGAUUUUUUUCUCCCUGGGGGCAGGAUUUGGGGUGCUGAUCGCCUUUGCCAGCUACAAUAAGUUUGAUAAUAACUGCUACAGGGACGCCAUCAUGACCAGCACGAUUAACUGCGUCACCAGCUUUUUCUCAGGGUUCGCUAUAUUCUCCGUACUGGGUUACAUGGCCCAUAAGCACCGGGUGAAGAUCGAGGAAGUAGCCACUGAUGGAGCCGGACUGGUGUUUAUUAUCUACCCCGAAGCCAUCUCAACCCUCCCGGGGUCCACGUUCUGGGCGAUAGUCUUCUUCAUCAUGCUCCUGACACUUGGUAUCGACAGCUCUAUGGGGGGGAUGGAAGCCGUCAUUACGGGCCUCACAGACGAUUUCAAGUUUCUCAAAAGGAACAGGAAACUGUUCACCUUCGCCACAGCAUUUGGAACAUUUCUGGUUGCCCUGUUUUGCAUCACCAACGGUGGGAUCUACGUGCUAACCCUACUGGACACGUAUGCUGCGGGGACAUCUAUCCUCUUUGGGGUGCUGAUAGAGGCCAUUGGGGUUUCCUGGUUUUAUGGUGUGGACAGAUUCAGUGAGGACAUCCAGCGUAUGAUGGGUUUCAAACCUGGUCUUUACUGGAGACUCUGCUGGAAGUUUGUUAGCCCAGUCUUUCUGCUGUUUGUGGUGGUUGCCAGCAUUGUGACUGCCCCUGGUCUGAAAUACGACGAAUAUAUAUUUCCACGAUGGUCCAACGUGGUUGGCUGGGGAAUAGCGAUGUCAUCGAUGCUCUUUGUUCCUGCUUAUGCCAUCUACAAGUUCCUCAGCAUGCCAGGAACAGUCAAAGAGAGGAUGGCUUACUGCCUGACUCCGGAGCAUGAGCAUCACCUCGUGGCCGAAGGCAGCAUCCGGCAGUUCAAGCUAAAACACUGGUUGGCCAUUUGACUUGGAGACAGCAUAGCUACGAAUAAGCCUGUUGGGACACUGAAGACGUGUUGAUUCUGCAGCCUGCGCGGGCGUAUUCCCAGGGACGGCGAUGGCUGGCCGUUCACGCAGCUGCGCUUGAAUACUGCCUCACUGCCCCAAAAGUGACACCAUUCCUCCGUCCACAGAUGACUAAAGUCUGGGAUCCGCUUUAAUGGGAAAUUCCCUUUUCUGUUUUAUGCUUUUCUAAUUUUUUUUUGCUAAAAUUUUUAGCUGUGUAACGUGUUUGUGGUCAAUACAAAAUAUAGACCAAAUCAAUAGUACUUCUCGGAGGUCUCCAUUAAAUGUGAAAACAAUCACCCUCCAUUCAUCUUCAUCUUGCAAUCUGCUGAGAGCCCUACUUUGAUAGACAGUAAAUGUAACUAUCUGUUGGAGUUCCAUUAUUAUUAUUAUUAUUAUUAUUAUUAUUAUUAUUAUAUUACAUGGUUAUUUGCUGAAUGAAGAUGGGACCUAACCAGUCUGCCAUUCUGUAGCGUGUUAGGUAAUGCAGGGAAGACAGUGGCAGUGUGUCUGAUUGAUUUCAGGAAAGUCUGGCUUAGCUCCUGUGGUGAUGAGGCCCAAACUACACUUGUUUCAGUAAGUUUUGAAGGUGAUAACCAGGGCUAACACACAGGAAAGUUGAACGUGGAAGUCUGUACAACCUUUUGCCUUCUCCAUGCCCUGUUCGCUAACCAGAAUCUACUUUCCUGUUCCUUUUUACGUACUGCGAUCUACAAGGAGAGCUUCACUGAGCAUCUCUGUUCUCCUUUCUCUCUUGAAAAGAGAACAAUUUGACUGCAACAGUGCCUUAUCAAGCAAAAUACAAAAAGAAAUCUUGCAAACUCCUCAAUAUUUUGUUCUCUAUUUGACUAUUCUUUAGGGAAUUCAAAAAAGUCUUUGUUCCUAGUAGUGCAGAUACCUUUUUUCUGUAGAGUCAUGAUAGGAAGACAUCCUCUCUCCUGUCAAAAUAGAUGUCAGUUUUUGUUGAUUAAAGUCUAUUCUAUUCACAGUGCGACCGAGAGUGAGACGUAUCAUCAGUUCAUAUGUCAUUCAGUCGUCAACCGGGGCCCCAGGUACUACCUUAAAAGAGAAACUAAACUAAUUUCUCUUUUUCCACGGGGGAGUUCCAAGAGAAACUGAUGUUCAGAUGAUUUCAUAGCUGUCAGGUGGAUGUUUUAUUUAAUAUCCUAUGCCGAGAGAAGUGAUGGCUUCCAUCUAGUUCCAUAUUAAGGCAACGCAAGCUUCCACUCAGUAGUACAGUUCUGGGGGUAGCAGAAACAUGAACUGCCAGAGCGUUUGGUUCUGAUAAAACACAGUAGAGGUACCAGUUUUAAGCAGGAUGGUUGCAUACAUUUUUGUAUAUGCAGCUUCCAUAAUUACCAAGUAACCCAAUUACCAAGUUACCAAAAUAUUUUUAUCUACAGCUUUUCUCUUGCUUAAAUGUGCAUCUUUGAAGAGUGAGUUUCCAAAAGUCACUCAGGCCACGGGACAUGUUUUCGAGAACAUUUCUGUGGACUUUGUGUGUUUUGGAAAUUUAAUGAGAGUUUCUUCAUUGGAUUGCAUGAGGACUGAAUGGGUUUUGGUUGCCAGCACUGUAACAUAUGAUGUGGUGACCUGACUUUAGCAGACUCUCAGAAACAUCAAACAAUGGACUGUGCGAGUUUUGGAAAUUUGCUCUUCAGUUGCUAAAAGAAGAUAUUUCUCAUUUGCAAUGUAGCCCAGCACAAAUUUGAUUUGUUGCCCAGUGAAAGUCAAAUUUAUAUCAUUUCGCAAUUUCAGGGCUUUAUCCCAGUGCAACAUACUUCUGACACCAGUUCACUUCAUUACACUGAUCUUUAGCACUGGAAUGGCAUACAAUGCAAUACAUGCAGAUGGCCAAGGGUUCGAGUUCCUUCUGGAACAUGCUUCUUCUUUUUAAUUGACUGUUUGUUUGAAACCUAAAUUGUUGUUAUCUGUUGUAUAUGGUUGCUAAUCACUGUGAACUGUUUCAGACUGUUAGGGAAACUGCCUUGUUAGUAACAUAUUAUGGUACCAUAAAAAUGAAUUCUACAGCUUCCUUACCCUUAUAACCAUUGUAUUACAUUUUCUUUAUAUUCCAUCUGUAUUACCUCCAAAUGUUACUGCCUUGUCAUUCUGCUUUAUGUUGAAAACUUACUUUUCUUCCAAAGACAACGCUUGUGUAGGAGUAGUUGUGUGAACAGGUUUUACCGUCUUCUGGGGGCCAAUUUUUAUGUGUAGUGACAUAGCAAACUAUGAAAAAGCAGCCAUUAUUGGCAUGAUUUUUUGGUUUUUGAGAACAAAGAAAAUGCCAGGUUUAUCGACUUUCAUCUCUUACCGAAAGUUUUGAGUUAGGGAUCCUUAAUUUCUUUCAAAUAGGAAUCCCCACCUAACUUAUAUGUGUGUGUGUGAGUAAAUGUAGCUGUAAUUAUUGUCAUCAAGCCAUCUUGCAUGAGCCCUUAUCCAGCACAGGGAGAGAGUGAGCCUGAGAGUGACAGGAAGCAAAGGGCACAAGGUGCGGAUUAUCUGGAAGGGAUUAGUCACACUUACCUUGUAGGAUUGUCACGUUCUUUCUUUUUUAUUGAACAAAAGAGGGAAAAAAAAUCUUCGCAACCAAAAAAAUAAGCUCAGCAGUUUUAAUUCCAUACUUUCCAAAAAUUGAUCCUUGUAAGUUUUUGUUUCAUUAAAAUAUUAAACUUAAAGAAAAUCUUCUCACUAGAUACUGUACGACACAAGCCACACAUAUCUUACAUGGCAAAUAUAUGUGUGUUCAGAGUUAUAGAUAUAUUCAAGCAAAUAUAAAAUAUAUUCUUUUGUUAUAUAAUAUAUAUAAUCUUGUAUUUAUCAAAUUGUUUAUAACAAAACGUGAAUGUAAAGCAUUUUAAAUGUAAAAGUCUACUGUUAUAUCAUGGUGUUUGGUGUAGGUGAGACAAAGUAUUUAAAAAAUGUACCUUCACUGUAACCUGGGGCCACACUGACACAAAUGUUGAAAUAAACCCCAGAAUUACAGAGCUAUGUUUACAGAAUGUUGUGUACUAUACAAAGUCCUGUUGAAAGUGAGUGAAAAUGAUCUAUACAGAAGUCAAAAUAUGCACACUAUGCCAAUAAAGAGUUUUCUCAUCCA